AUGGGGAAUUCUGAUGAAAGUGGCAAUGAGGGAUCUGAUGAAGAAAGUUUUGGAAAUAAAUCUAAACGGGCAAAGAAAGAAUCUUUGGCUGAAUUAGUUGCCCAUGACCGCCAAAUGCGUGCAUUAAAGUCAAUGUUAAAAGAUGAACAAGAAGAAAAGACUGAACGUUUGGAUAUUUGUUUUAAAGAAAUUAAACAAUUUGGAGGGUUAAAUCAAAUUAGUAGACAAUCUAAUAAAAUAAAAGAGGACGAGGAAGAAUUGGAGGAUAAUUAUGAUUUUUUGUACCAUCAACUUCAAUUUCAACCAACAAUUGUUGCUCAACCAAAUAAAGUUUUAAUUGAAAAUAAAUUAAACAAGACAAUUGAUCAACAAAAAAAGGAAAAGAAAAAUUUGGAAAAUCCAGAACAAUUAGAAAAAGAAGAAAAAGCUAAAAAAGCUGUUCAAUCAAAAAUUGCCAAAGAAAGAGAAAAGAAAUGGGCAAAAAGAGUAAAAAAUGAAAGAAGAAAUACAAUUAAAUAUUUAAGGAAAGAAGCUAAAAAUUCUGCAAAACUUUUUAUCGAGAAAAGGAGACAAAUAAGAAAAGAAAGGGAUGAAAAAACUAAAAAGAUUUUGCAGUCUUUGGAAGUACAAGAAUCGGAAUAUAAAAAAUUACAGGCAAUUGGAGGGAAACUCUGA